CAUUUACAUGCAUCCGUAUAUUAUUAUUUUUCUUACCAAGAGUUAAUCUCAUUCGUUAAAUAAUUGGAGUACAAACUCAGCCUAUUAAUAGUAGUCUUUUACUCGGUAAAUAAAGAGUGUCAAAAUAUCUUUUGAAACCAAACACUUUUACACAUGCAUAAAUGGAUGCAGGUUUCAGGAAGGAGCAACUGAAGGUUCAGGUGACAUCAGCUGGAAACCUGAGGAUAAGUGGAGAAGGUCCCAUUGUCAGGGACAACAAAAUCAGCCGGUUCUGCCAUGAAGUCCACGUUUCAUCGACAUCGUAUGACAUUGGUGGGAUCACGGCAAAGUUCGAAGGUGGCGUACUUCGGAUCAAACUCCCCAAGAUCAAGCAGCGACAGGAAUCUGAGCCUCUGAAGAAGCCAGAUGAACAAGUGUUACAGAAAGAUCAAACGGACUCAGGACCGAAUGCGAAACAACCUGAAGCUAACCAGCUAAAUGAUCCGAAAGUUUCAGCAACAGGUGAUCCUGGAAAUGGUAGUUUGGAGGAUCACAAGACUACUCCUCAGGAUGCUGAAGCUGAGAAGCAGGAAACAACAACUCAAGGUUCUUCACCUGGUGUAGUGUUGCAUUACAGGGAGUUCUUUGAUGGGUUCGUGACGAAGUUGAAGAUGAUUAAGGGGAGCGAAUCGGCAGGGAUCGUCAUGGCGGCUGGUUUGAUGGGUCUGGUAGUGGGAUUUUGCCUGGAAAAGGCUGUCAGGUGUUCCAGGGAGGAAUAGGGGAUGCAGCUUCUUAAAGAAUGCUUUAAAGAUGUCCAAUUUGGUUUUCAGGAAUUGGUUUGAAAUGGUGUAUGUUUGUAAACAUACUGAGAAAACAUCAUUGCAAUAAUAAAAUAAAUACCCUGCAGUUUUCGGGGACGAAAUGGAUAAACUGGAAUCCAGUUG